CACUGUAAACAAUAAACGAACAAAAAACCAAUUAAAGCAGCUUUCUGAAAAUGCGGAAUAAGAUAUGUCGGAUUUGCUCUGGUGCUGAGGCUACGAUAUACCUGUUCUGCCCGAAGAACGGCCAUUUCAUCCGCCAAAUUCUCUCCAUAACUGGGGUCGGGCUAAAUGAAAAAGAAGGAAUAUCCAGCUAUAUGUGCGAAAAGUGCGUUUUCGACUUGGACUGCGCCAUAAAGUUCCGGCAGCGCUGCAUCAUCUCAGAGAAGCGUAAUCUGGAGAAAGUGAACUCCACGGGCAGCAUAGAGGAGGAGGAUACCAAUACCGACUCCGAAAUAGAGUCUUAUGGGCCGAACACCGAUGAGGAGAACACUGAUGACUAUGCUCUGGAAUAUGAAUCAGAAAUAUGCACGCAGAACAACGUAGAGCAGGCGAACACAAAGCGCAGAGGAAAAUAUGCAGAGCCCUACAUAUGCGAUGACUGUGGAAAGUCUAUAAAUAGCUGGAGCAACUUUCAAGAGCACAAGCUGCGGCACACAGGUGUCAAGAACUUUGCGUGUGAGUUCAGUGAUUGUGGCAAACGUUUCGCCACUCGCAAGGAGUUGGUGCGUCAUAACCGGUGCCACACGGGAGAAAAGCCCUUCGUCUGCAUCUACUGUUCGCGCCGAUUUUCCGAUGCAAGCUCCCGCGAGGAGCAUCACAGACGCCACCGAAACGAAAAGCGCUUCGAGUGUAAAACCUGCGGAAAAAGUUUCGUUAGCUCUGGCUGCCUAAGGAAGCACACGCUGACACACGCCUCCGUAGACGCGCGCAAGCAUCACUGUGGCAUUUGCAACAAGCGCUUCAUGCGCAUUGCCCACUUGCAAAAUCAUUUAACUACCUCCACGCACCUGGAAAAGGCACUGGAUGUGGCACAACAGUCGUCGACAGUCGUCGUGCAUGAAGCUGACACAAGCAUUUCCUAGAGACCAUUCUCCAUUCUUUUGUAUUGACAUUCUGUAUAAGCUAGUUAAGUAUUUAUUAGUAGCAUAAUAUACGCCAGGU